AAUUUUUUGAAUGACUAUUGUGCGGCCAUUGCUUUUGGAGCAUUAACUUUCAGAACUUCAGUGCUUUUAGCUGCAGGUCGUUUGCCGGGGUCACCUUUUUAGUUAUAGUUUAUAAUAUUUAACAUUACUGUAAUAAUUCAUUUGUUUUUGAGACGUGUAUCGUUUUGCAUGCUACACAAAUGCCAUAUUAGAUAGGUAGCGUGACUUUAACGUAUUUCUGUGACACUGGGGCGCUGUCGAUGACUGGCUGGGGUGUACGAAAAGAUAACCGCGACGAUAACGACGAAAGACUUGGGUGUAUAGCUGUCAUGAACAGAUAAUGUUCAGAAACCGUCAAAACCGAACAAUUACUGGGUUCACAUUUCGCUUGGAUGUCAGAUGUUGCUCCAUUGCCAAAUGUAAUCAACUAGCGGCUUAUUGCGUUGGGAAUUUUAUGCUCUAGCGAAGUUACUUGAUGGCAUUUCUGAUGUGAUAGAAAUUAUGAUUCAAAGUGAAUUAAACGACAUCUAGUCGUUACUUUAUUUGCAAGCCGCCAUUAUAUAAUAAUGUUUAAAAUGUCAAGAUUCGCUACUGGAAAACUAUUACAACAAUGGAACAUUUCCUGUCGCCGUUCAGAAAGACUUUAUUAUCAGUUGCCUAAGACUAUCGGAAGACCGUGGAAAAGUCGUGCUUGUGAGAGUGGAGCUGAACCGUCUGAUGGAUGUUUGCUACCUGUGUAUGUCGGGACAGUGACGUCCCGCAUUCAGUGCAUCCAGCAUGGCGUGACCUUUGCUUCCCGGGAUGUAUGGAGACACUCCAGGCAUGUGCUUGCUUUCUACAGUACGUCGGCGGGCUCUAAGCAAGCUGCACAGCAUGUGGGAACUGGUAAUAACGUCAAAACCAACGACAGGCCAGUACAGAUACCAUCAGAUGACUUCAGAAAAUUGUUGCAACUUGCUAAUCCAGAGCGCCUUAGGCUAACAGCUGCGGUGGGCUUUCUGAUCGUCUCCAGUGCAGUCACUAUGUCUGCUCCCUUUUUCCUCGGACAAGUGAUUGACACCAUCUAUACAAGCUCAUCUGCAGACUUUAAUGACUCCUUGACUUCACUGUGCAUCAUGCUAGCAGGGGUCUUCCUGUGUGGGGGGGCUGCCAAUGCUGCUCGUGUCUACCUCAUGCAAGUCUCAGGGCAGCAGAUUGUGAGAAAUUUACGUGAAUCCCUUUUUUCCUCAAUUUUGAGGCAGGAGGUGGGAUUCUUUGAUAAAACUAGCACCGGUGAGCUCAUUAACCGCCUUUCAGCAGACACAGCUCUGGUUGGACGUGCGCUCACUGACAACUUGUCUGAUGGUCUUCGGUCAGUUGCUCAGGCUUUGGCUGGAGUUAGCAUGAUGUUCUAUGUGUCACCCAAUCUUGCUAGCUUUGUCCUGAUGAUUGUGCCUCCUAUGGCGGGCAUGGCUGUCAUCUAUGGAAGGUACUUGCGCUCCAUAUCCAAGCGGACACAGGAUUCCCUGGCAGAUGCAACCAAGCUGGCAGAGGAGAGGAUUAGUAACUUGCGGACAGUUCGGGCAUUUGGCAAAGAGCUGACAGAAGUGCAGAAGUAUGUAGAGAAGGUGGAGGAUGUCCUUCACCUGGCUAAGAAGGAAGCUGUGCUUCGUGCUGGUUUCUUUGGAGCUACAGGCCUGAGUGGAAAUAUCAUAAUUCUGAGCGUGCUGUACAAGGGUGGCCUCCUUAUGGCCAGUGAUCAUAUGACUGUUGGAGAGCUUUCCUCCUUCCUCAUGUAUGCCUUUUGGGUGGGCAUCAGCAUUGCUGGCCUCAGCUCAUUCUAUUCGGAGCUGAUGAAAGGAUUUGGUGCUGGUACUCGCCUGUGGGAAUUGAUGGAACGGAAACCUGAAUUUCCUCUCAACGAGGGGCUUGUGUUGAGACCAGCGCAGCUGAAAGGGGCCCUGGAGUUCCGUAAUGUGUCAUUUGCUUACCCGACAAGGAAAGAUGCCCCCAUCUUCCAGGACCUGUGUUUGUCUGUACCUGCUGGCUCGGUGAUGGCAGUAGUUGGACCAAGUGGCUCAGGAAAAUCAACUCUGGUGUCUCUCCUGCUUCGUCUUUAUGACCCGGACUCAGGUAUGGUAACUGUAGAUGGCAGGGAUAUUCGAGAUCUGAAUCCUUAUUGGCUGCGGAGUCAUAUUGGAACUGUCAGCCAGGAGCCAGUACUCUUCUCCUGCUCUAUUGCUGAGAACAUUGCUUAUGGAGCAACAGACCUUAGUCAGGUCACAACAGAGGAAAUCCUCCAAGCAGCUCAGAUAGCUAAUGCACACGACUUCAUUCAGGGCUUUCCCAAAGGUUUUGACACUGUGGUUGGGGAGAAAGGAGUGCUACUGUCAGGUGGACAGAAACAAAGAAUUGCUAUUGCAAGGGCCUUGUUGAAGAAUCCCAAAAUACUUUUAUUAGAUGAAGCUACAAGUGCUCUGGAUGCAGAGAACGAGUUCCUGGUGCAAGAGGCUCUGGAGCGGCUGAUGGAGGGGCGCACAGUGCUCAUCAUUGCCCACCGCCUCUCCACCAUCCAGAACGCAGACUCUGUGGCAGUGCUGGACCAGCACCGCGUGGUGGAGAGUGGCCGCCAUGCCCAGCUCCUCGCAAACCGAGAUGGGCUUUUCCGCAAACUAAUGGAGAAGCAGGCUUUCCUGCAGGAUGAGCAGAAACAGGCACUUGCCAAGAAACGACAUCUAGUCGUUAUUUUAUUUGCAAGUCGCCAUUAUAUAAUAAUGUUUAAAAUGUCAAGAUUCGCUACUGGAAAACUAUUACAACAAUGGAACAUUUCCUGUCGCCGCUCAGAAAGACUUUAUUAUCAGUUGCCUAAGACUAUCGGAAGACCUUGGAAAAGUCGUGCUUGUGAGAGUGGAGCUGAACCGUCUGAUGGAUGUUUGCUACCUGUGUAUGUCGGGACAGUGACGUCCCGCAUUCAGUGCAUCCAGCAUGGCGUGACCUUUGCUUCCCGGGAUGUAUGGAGACACUCCAGGCACGUGCUUGCUUUCUACAGUACGUCGGCGGGCUCUAAGCAAGCUGCACAGCAUGUGGGAACUGGUAAUAACGUCAAAACCAACAACAGGCCAGUACAGAUACCAUCAGAUUUCAGAAAAUUGAUGCAGCUUGCUAAUACAGAGCGCCUUAGGCUAACAGCUGCGGUGGGCUUUCUGGUCGUCUCCAGCGCAGUCUCCAUGUCUGCUCCUUUUUUCUUUGGACAAGUGAUUGACACCAUCUAUACAAGCUCAUCUACAGACUUUAAUGACUCCUUGACUUCACUGUGCAUCAUGCUAGCAGGGGUCUUCCUGUGUGGGGGGGCUGCCAAUGCUGCUCGUGUCUACCUCAUAAACAUCUCAGGGCAGCAGAUUGUGAGAAACGUACGUGAAUCCCUUUUUUCCUCAAUUUUGAGGCAGGAGGUGGGAUUCUUUGAUAAAACUAGCACCGGUGAGCUCAUUAACCGCCUUUCAGCAGACACAGCUCUGGUUGGACGUGUGCUCACUGACAACAUGUCUGAUGGACUUCGGUCAGUUGCUCAGGCUGUGGUCGGAGUCAGCAUGAUGUUCUAUGUGUCACCCAAUCUUGCUAGCUUUGUCCUGAUGAUUGUGCCUCCCAUGGCGGGCGUGGCUGUCAUCUAUGGAAGGUACUUGUUCUCCAUAUCCAAGCGUAUACAGGAUUCCCUGGCAGAUACGACCAAGCUAGCCGAGGAGAAGAUUAGUAACUUGCGGACAGUUCGGGCGUUUGGCAAAGAGCUGACAGAAGUGCAGAAAUAUGUAGAGAAGGUGGAGGAUGUCCUUCACCUGGCAAAGAAGGAAGCUCUGCUUGAUGCUGGUUUACUUGGUAUUAUGGGCCUCAGUGUAAAUAUUACAAUCCUGAGCGUGCUGUACAAGGGUGGCCUUCUUAUGGCCAGUGAUCACAUGACUGUGGGAGAGCUUACCUCCUUCCUCAUGUAUGCUUUUUGGGUGGGCAUCAGCAUUGUUGGCCUCAGCUCAUUCUAUUCGGAGCUGAUGAAAGGAUUGGGUGCUGGUACUCGCCUCUGGGAACUGAUGGAGCGGAAGCCUGAAUUUCCUCUCAAUGAGGGGCUUGUGUUGAGACCAGAGCAGCUGAAAGGGGCCAUCGAGUUCCGUAAUGUGUCAUUUGCUUACCCGACAAGGAAAGAUAUCCCCACCUUCCAGGACCUGAGUUUGUCUGUACCUGCUGGCACGGUGAUGGCAGUAGUUGGACCAAGUGGCUCUGGAAAAUCAACUCUGGUGUCUCUCCUGCUUCGUUUUUAUGACCCUGAUUCAGGUAUGGUAACUAUAGAUGGCAGGGACAUUCGAGAUCUGAAUCCCUAUUGGCUGCGGAGUCAUAUUGGAACUGUCAGCCAGGAGCCAGUACUCUUCUCCUGCUCCAUUGCUGAGAACAUUGCUUAUGGAGCAACAGACCCCAGUCAGGUCACAACACAGGAAAUCCUCCAAGCAGCUCAGAUAGCUAAUGCACACGACUUCAUUCAGGGCUUUCCCAAAGGUUUUGACACUGUGGUUGGGGAGAAAGGAGUGCUACUGUCAGGUGGACAGAAACAAAGAAUUGCUAUUGCAAGAGCCUUAUUGAAGAAUCCCAAAAUACUUUUAUUAGAUGAAGCCACAAGUGCUCUGGAUGCAGAGAACGAGUUCCUGGUGCAAGAGGCUCUGGAGCGGCUGAUGGAGGGGCGCACAGUGCUCAUCAUUGCCCACCGCCUCUCCACCAUCCAGAACGCAGACUCUGUGGCAGUGCUGGACCAGCACCGCGUGGUGGAGAGUGGCCGCCAUGCCCAGCUCCUCGCAAACCGAGAUGGGCUUUUCCGCAAACUAAUGGAGAAGCAGGCUUUCCUGCAAGAAAUGCAGAAACAGGAAUUUGCCAAGUAGGAUAAAGGUUAAAGAAACAAUGAUGGAAAUAACAGACAUAUGUUUAUUUGGGUAUUGUCAAAGCAAACAGAUGUUACAGUUGGUAUUACACUGAGUUUUGUUGUAUCUAAAUUCCUGUGUGUGUGUGUGUGUGUGUGUGUGUGUGCGCGCACUUUGCUUGAUGAAGAACCUGUCUGAAACACACACACACUGUUUGUGUACAUUCCUGUAAACAUUCUAACCAACAACACCCAUCAGCUCCUACACAACAUUAUGUGUACAGAAAUGCAUUAUUUGAAGCAGAGACUAUGACACAUUUCUUCACAAAAUAAUGUCAUUGUAUAUGUCAUUCCUCAAAAUUAAUCAAUAUUUGAAGAAGUAUCACUUAAAGCCAUGAAAGGAAAUCAUUUAAUUUUUUUAACUGGUGUAAUUAUUUUUUACUGUGACCUAGCAUACAGUAUUGUAAUAUUUUAAAAAGCUUUUUCCUUUUUAAUGAAAAUCGAUGUUUAUUGUUAUGAAAUGAAAUUCAUGUCAAGUAACAAAAUUAUUUUACAUUUUUGGUAUGCUACUUUAACAAAAUUUUCUAUUUAAAAUAUAUUGCUAAUAUACACAAAUGUAUAGGGUUUGCUUUUCUUGUUCUUACGCCAUAUUAUUUAAACUUUAGUGGAGAAAUGGGUACCACUUAGGUAUCCCAAUCAACAGGUUUCUCACAACAUUCCAAAAUUGAUUUAGGGAAUAUCAAGCACUUGGUGGUCAUUACCAAAUGAGGGCACUGUUGACCUAAAAAAAAAUAAAAAAGUU